AGUCCAGUAAAAAUAUGAAAUCAAAAUUUUGUCUAUGUAAUUGCCAUAACCAAUACAUAAAACAUUAUUUUUUGUAAAAUUUAAUUGAUGACUGUUAAGUAAUUGACGUAAUAUUACUAAGGAUUAAAGCGUUUUUGAAGAACCGCUGUGGCUUUAAGUUGCGCAGAGGUAGAAGUUUUCUCAUUUCUAAGAUUUUAUGAGAAACACUGAAACAGUGAUUCACCUGCACAAUGAAAAUGUCAAAUUCAGAUUCGGCUCAUAAAACGAGAGUUGGCUGGAUGCUUGCACGAUUUUGAUUUUUUAGGUUAAUCAAUUUGGUUUUUGUGCUGAAUCAGCCUGGGCCUCAAAAAGGGAAAAUGGAUAGCUUUCUCAAGGAUCAGCUGCAACGAUUUUCGGCUGCACCAGCUGUGCCCACGAAGACUGGAGAAGCGCCUAAAAAAAGCUCCACUCCACCGAAUGCCCGACCUCCCAUUCAAAAUGCCACCAAGCAGCAGUCAGCGGCGCAAUGGCCCAUCAACCAGGCGUACGAGUUCAGUCCGAUGACGAUGCAUGCGAGUGCACCGCGCAUGACCAAUUCGGGAUACAUGGGACAGUCCUCGUUCGGAAUGACAGGCGAAACGCCGCUGGCUUUUCCCACGGUGGAAUUUCGGGGUGUGCCUGGUGGGGGCUUUCAAGCUCCCGCCCAGAUGCCUGCGUUGUCCACUAUUCCGGUGCAGGAUACCAGCACAGCGUAUUACAGCGGGAAUAUCAAUUCCCAGGGCUUUGCACUUCCGGUAUCCUCUUAUUAUCCUUCUUCCAGCUUGAUGCCCGGCGCCGGCGGUCCUGCACGCAAAUCGUCCAUUGGAAUGGAAAGAGAUUCCUCGCCACAACCGCUUUCUGCGGCUACUCUGGAUUCAAAUGACGAACGAAAGCGUCUCGAAGCGCAACGACAACAGCAGAAAAUCAAACAGUCCUUCCAUACAUCACGCAGCAAAACUGUUGACGCUAAUGCUUUGAUGAACAGAAUAGCCGCUGAUUUCCAGACUGUGAACACCGGCCCAGUCCCUAAACGACCAGAAUCUACUUCGCGACCAACAACUCCCUCCAGCCCAACGAUGAUUUCACCCCAAAGUGCAUCCGUAUUAAAGGAUUCAAGCCCAGAGAUAAAACCAGAAGAAAUCUUGCGAUCGAAUGAAACUCACGCUAUCCCGUCUCGCCCCGUUGUUCCAGACUUGAACGACAUGAUGAUGAAAUUUUCUGAUCUCUCAAACGUUUCCGGGACCAACAAGAACUUCCAGCCGCCCAAGCAACCGAAAGCCACAUUCGCCGCUCGAGCAGCCAGCUUCAGUGUUAGUCAAGCAGCUCGGGACUGGAAAAACCUUCCGGAAGAUAUUUCUUCCGCUUUCACAACUGUGAUACCCGGCAGUUCCGGGAAUUCUCCUGUUAGUCCUCAAGAUGAUCUUCCGCCCUGGUGCAAUGCCGAUGCCAGCACGUUGCCUCCUGUGUACCAUACUAUUUUGACACAUUUUCGUAAAGGAACAUUGAUAAGCAAGGAUAAGGUCUUGGCGCUGCUGGGUCAGUCUGGACUGAGCCGCAGUACGUUAUCCAGAAUCUGGGAAACCGCUAGUCGCACUAGGCCCGAUCAGUUGACAAGAGAUGAGUUGUGUGCUGCAUUAGCUCUUACUGGAUUGGCACAGAGUAAUUUCGAUGUCCAGCAUUUAACGAUUGACGUAUUACGACGCAUUCCUUCACCGCCGAUUCCACAGUUUAUCGCUUCUCCGCCUCAACAACAAGUGCCGACAACAAUUGCACCACUUCAACCUGUGCAUGUGCCUCUUGCGCCGAUAUCCGCACAGAAGUUUGAGGAUAUUCCACUCUAUAAUUUAAGUUCGCCCAAGACAGCUGCGGUGGACGAAGACGAGUUUUCGGAUUUCGUUUCGGCAUCCGUUCCUGCGGAAACGAUUGUCGCUCCUCAGCCGGUUUUAUCGAAACCGUGGAUAAUGAGAGAAAGUUCCCCUAAAGUUUUAGAAAAAGGAGGCGACAGUGUUCCACCAUCUGGAGACUUCAGCAAAAGUACCACUAACGCAAAAAAUGGUGAAAAAGCUAUUUUCCCAUCGAUUCAGCCACCACUCAGACACAGCCCCAGUGUUAGUGUUGCUAAAACGAGCAACAAGGAUGUCAUUGCAUCAGGUCAGACAGCUUUGAUUGCCGAUAGCUUAAGCAAUCCUUCCACCAAAGAAACAAAUGCAGUUCCUUCGACACAAUCCGAAGACGAUGGCGGCUGGGCGAGUUGGACGCAAAUUUCUGUUACCAAUUCGCCAAAAUUGCCCUCCCUGAGUCUCAAUAUUUUUCCUGCUCUUGUGAAGGAAGAGCCCGCACAAAAAGCGCAUGCGAAAGAAGCCAUGACAGAGGAUCCUUAUUCCGCGUUUCGCGAAUUGAUAAUCGAUAGCGAUGCUUCUGUUUUUUCAUCGCUGGACACCACACAGCUGGAGAAGUCAGAAGAAAGUAGUGAUGCAAAAUUAGGAGCGGGGAUGGAAAGUCCCUCGGGUGAUAAUCAGUCUGUGAACUCUCUGGAUAUCUCUACUCUGAGUUUGCAGUUGACCUUUGACGAUGAAGACCGGCAGCCUUCCCCAUUGCCGAAAUCCCUUACAAGUGACUCACUCAACGAGAUGGCAAUGGAAGAUCACGUGGAAAUAUGGAAGAGAGCAUUAAAAGUCUGCGCCGAUGCUAUUCAGGAGGGAUGCACGAUAUUGAAUUCGGUCAGCAACAGCAAAGUCCUUGUGGCAGUAAUGGAACGCGCAUCCAGCGCUAUAGCGAAUAUUAUCGAAAUAUACCGGGUGGCUCGUCGAAUUUAUUUAGCAGCUAAAAUUUGUAAUCUUAUGGACAACAAGGACAUCAUUGACGGAAUAAAGGAAACGGAAGAGGCGUGGGCGGAUUUCGCAGCUUUCCUGAGCAUAGGUUCGCUGGAGCCACAACGCGGUUCGAUGGAUUUCUCAGGUUGUGAAUUUGGCGAGCAACUUCCCCCCGCAUCAGCCAUUUGCGGUGUUUGUUUGCUAAAUGUGGAUGGAAAAAGUAAAAGUCGGAAAAAUGCAUUAGAUGGGAUGAAAGUUGAGUGGAAUGGUCGAUUUUACCAUUCGCCUUGCGCUAAUUUUUGGGCUAAUUGUGUUACCACAAAUUUACCACGGCUAAACUAUCUCUGAAAACCUUGAUAUUGUCGUAAUGUAUUUUUCCUUUCGUGUGUAUCAACAAUGCAACCGAUAAAACCGAAGUAAAAUCCCACU